AUGUACAAUUGGUUUACUGAUUUUUUGCGUGGUCGUACUCAGCAUGUCGUUGUUCAUGGUGCAACUUCUGAAUGGUCUCAAUUUACCUCCGGUGUCCCUCAGGGACUAAUCUUAGGUCCUAUGCUGUUCCUUCUUUUUAUCAAUGUCCUCCCUGACAUCAUUCCUCCAUCAACAUCAACCGGUCUGUAUGCCGACGAUACAAAGUUGUACAAAGCAAUAAGAUCACGCCAGGAGUGUGACCUUCUACAGGAAUCAUUGUCGCACGCUGACGAUUGGAGCAAGCAAUCCAAUAUUGACUUCAUCGCAUCUAAGUGUAAAGUUCUAACAAUAUCCCGCCGAAAAAGCCAGACUGAAACAAAGUACCACCUUGGUUCAACUGAACUGGUGCGUGUGGAUAGUGAUGUUGACCUUGGAAUUACUGUGACAAGAAAGUUAUCUUGGAAUCAGCACAUCACCCAAAUUGUAUCCAAGGCAAAUAAAAUGCUGGGUUUAUUACGGAGAACGUGCCCCUUGUUAACAGAUCGUGUUGCUCGAAGGACAUUAUACUUAUCCUUAGUGAAAUCCCAACUGGGUUAUGCCACAGAAGUGACCGUCUCAGUCCACCAACAAAACCUACCUAGAGAGGAUUCAAAGGCGUGCCACACGAUGGAUACUUCAAAUGAAGAUAGGAGAGAUCUCAUACAAAGACCGUUUGUUGGCCCUUAA